AAGGGUCCAAUGAAAUUGAAAGGGUGUGGAAGUGACUGAAUUAGGUAAGGCUCCUGCAUGCAAAAUUGCUUCCAUUAUUUAAACCCACAUAGAGAAUAAACAAAACAAAGCCAUCAAUGGAGAAAAUCCAACACUCAACCAUCCCUACCAAUGGCAUUAACAUCCACCUUGCUUCCAUUGGCUCCGGCCCCGCGUUGCUAUUCCUCCAUGGCUUCCCAGAGAUCUGGUACACAUGGCGUCACCAGCUUCUCUUUUUUGCUUCCAGGGGCUUCCGAGCCAUAGCGCCUGAUCUCCGUGGAUAUGGUGACUCCGAUGUGCCACCAUCUCCUUCUUCCUAUACAGCUCACCACAUCGUCGGCGAUCUCAUUGGCCUCCUCGACCAUCUCGAAAUCGAUCAAGUUUUCUUAGUAGGCCACGACUUGGGAGCUACUAUAGCUUGGUACUUUUCCAUUUUCAGGCCUGAUCGAGUCAAGGCUUUGGUCAAUUUGAGUGUUUAUCAUACUCCUCGGAUUCCGGAAAUGCCGCCUCUCGCCAUUAUCCGUUUGUUCCUUGGUGAUGAUUUCUACAUUUGUAAAUUUCAGGAACCUGGAGUCGCAGAAGCAGAUUUAGGGUCAGUAGAUACGGCUACGAUGAUGAAGAAAUUCCUGACGUUGAGAGAUCCAAGCGCUCCGAUUGCACCAAACGGAUUCAGUACACUACUGGCAACUCCAGAAACCUUACCUUCGUGGUUAACAGAGGAUGAUGUAGAUUAUUACGCUUCCAAAUUCGCGAAAACCGGCUUCACCGGCGGACUAAACUACUAUCGUGCUCUUGACCUAACUUGGGAGCUGACGGGGCCAUGGACUGGAGCAAAGAUCAAAGUUCCAACAAAAUUCAUUGUUGGGGAUCAAGAUCUGGUAUACCAUUUUCCGGGGGCGAAGGAGUACAUUCACGGCGACAGUUUCAAGGAGGACGUACCGCAUUUAGAAGAAGUGGUGGUGAUAGAAGGAGCAGCUCACUUCAUUAACCAAGAGAAGGCCGAUGAAAUAAAUUCCCUCAUCUACGAUUUCAUCACCAAAUUCUAAAUAAUUCUCACAUGGCACACCCCACUACUACUACUGCACUUACCUCAUAUGGUCUUAUAUUUUAGCACGUUUACAUUUUUAAUAUUACUUCGUGAGUAUGAACAAUAUAUAUAUAUAUAUAUGAGAUAAUAAUGAUUUCCUAACA